AUCUGGAACUAUCCCUCCUUCCACCUUUCCCCCGUCUCAGGCAAACAUGGCUGCACGAUCAAUCUCAAAGAAGCGGAAGUUCGUAGGAGACGGAGUCUUCAAGGCCGAGCUCAACGAGUUCCUGACUCGUGAACUCGCCGAGGAUGGUUACUCUGGUGUUGAGGUACGUGUCACCCCAACACGUACCGAAAUCAUUCUCUUGGCCACUCACACACAGAGUGUACUCGGGGAGAAGGGACGCAGAAUUCGUGAAUUGACGUCUGUCGUUCAGAAGCGUUUCAACUUCAAGGAUCAGACUGUUGAGUUGUACGCUGAGAAGGUUGCCACCCGUGGUCUCUGCGCUAUUGCACAGGCAGAGUCCCUCAGAUACAAAUUGAUUGGGGGUUUGGCUGUCAGGAGGGCAUGCUAUGGAGUACUCCGAUUCAUCAUGGAAUCAGGAGCUAAAGGUUGCGAAGUCGUCGUGAGUGGAAAGCUCCGUGGACAGAGAGCAAAGAGCAUGAAAUUUGUGGAUGGUCUCAUGAUUCACUCCGGUGAGCCAACAGCUGACUACGUCGACACAGCAACGCGUCACGUACUCCUCAGACAGGGUGUCCUUGGUAUCAAGGUCAAGAUCAUGCUCCCAUGGGAUCCAAAUGGCAAGAUUGGACCCAAGAAGCCCCUGCCCGACAACGUCAGCGUUGUUGAGCCUAAGGAGGAAGUCAUCCCUCAAGCGCCAUCCUCGGAGGUCAAGGCCGCCAAGGACGCUCCACAGGCAGCACCUAUUCCUGUCUAAUUCUACAGAAAUCUUUACAAUAAAAAAAUGAAAACAUAAUUCGAA